CUUAUUUUAGUAUUGGGAACAGUUGUCAGAAACUCUCUCUCUCUCUGUUCGUUUGGAUAACGCCAGGUGAGGCCAGUUAGGGUUUUCAAUCUUCAACAUUUCUUCUUCUUCUUCUUCGUCUCUCUCCUUCUUCUAGAGAGAGAAAUUUAUUUAUAGAGAGAGAGAGCGAGGAGAUGAAGGACACAAGUUUGGAUCUUUUCGAUCCGAGGACGGUGAUGGACUCGGAAUUCUCGCCCAACGGCGGUCGCGACGGUGAUUUUGGCUUUGCAUUCAAUGAUAGCAACUUCUCCGAUCGAGUUCUCCGAAUCGAAAUCAUGGCCGAUUCGCCGGAGACGAGAUGGGACGGCGAGGGAUGUCAUAGUCUCGCCGAUUGGGCCAGGCAUCGGAAGCGCAGGAGAGAAGAUAUCAAGAAAGAUAACGCUGUGGAUACUGCUGGAUGCCCUGAGGAGGAGAUUUUGAAUUGUAACCAGAUUGAUACUGAUGAUGGCGUGGGCUGUGAAGACGAAGAUGAGGAAGCAGCUGCAAUGAUUGAAGAAUCACAUUCAGGAGAUGAAGCUGCAAAUAGUAAUGAUUCAGACUGGAGCAUGGAUUGUUCUACAGUUCUGAGAGUUAAGACCUUACACAUCAGCUCUCCCAUUUUAGCAGCAAAAAGUCCAUUUUUCUAUAAGCUCUUCUCAAAUGGGAUGAGAGAGUCAGAACAGCGGCAUGUCACUUUACGAAUCAAUGCCUCUGAGGAAGCUGCCCUCAUGGAGCUCCUGAAUUUUAUGUAUAGCGGUACCUUAUCUACAACUACUGCUCCUGCUUUGCUGGAUGUGUUGAUGGCUGCGGACAAGUUUGAGGUUGCUUCAGGCAUGCGGUAUUGCAGCCGGUUAUUACGCAAUUUGCCCAUGACUCCAGAGUCCGCAUUGCUAUAUUUGGAGCUUCCUUCCAGUGUCUUAAUGGGUGAAGCAGUUCAGCCUUUGACUGACACAGCAAAGCAAUUCCUUGCGGCCCGUUAUAAAGACAUUACCAAGUUCCAGGACGAGGUUAUGAGCUUGCCCCUUGCUGGAAUUGAGGCAAUUUUGUCAAGUGAUGAUCUCCAGGUGGCAUCAGAAGAUGCAGUAUAUGACUUCGUAUUGAAGUGGGCAAGAGCCCAGUACCCAAAACUGGAGGAACGUCGGGAAGUUCUCGGUUCUCACCUUGGUCGCUACAUUCGCUUCCCUUACAUGACAUGCCGGAAGCUUAAGAAGGUUUUGAUCUGCAACGACUUUGAUCAUGAGCUUGCAUCCAAGGUUGUGCUAGAGGCUCUUUUUUUCAAGGCCGAGGCCCCACACCGUCAGCGAACCCUUGCUGCAGAAGAGUCUGGUUCGACAAACCGGCGCUUCGUUGAACGUGCCUACAAGUAUCGCCCUGUAAAGGUUGUUGAGUUCGAACUUCCACGACAACAAUGUGUCGUUUACCUUGAUUUAAAACGCGAGGAGUGUGCAAACUUGUACCCAUCCGGGCGGGUCUAUUCCCAAGCUUUCCACUUGGGCGGCCAAGGUUUCUUCCUCUCAGCACAUUGCAACAUGGAUCAACAGAGCUCAUUCCAUUGCUUUGGGCUGUUUCUUGGAAUGCAGGAAAAAGGGUCAGUUUCUUUUGCCGUUGAUUACGAGUUUGCGGCUCGAUCAAAGCCAACAGAGGAGUACAUUAGCAAAUACAAGGGCAAUUACACUUUCACUGGUGGCAAAGCUGUUGGGUACCGUAACUUAUUUGCAGUACAGUGGCCUUCAUUCAUGGCCGAGGAUAGUCUUUACUUCAUCAAUGGCGUCCUCCAUCUCAGGGCUGAGCUUACGAUCAGGCAUUGAUAGCUCUACCUUUCACUCUCUCUCCCCCUACAACUUUGUGUUAAUUUCUACAUUCUUGGGUAGGGCUAACAACCUUCUUGACCUUGGAUUUGAGAAGAGCACUAGAGGUAAUGCCUUUUACUAAUGUUUCUAGUUCAGAUGUCAAAAGAUAAUUAUUAUUGCUCUUAGUCCUUGGGGCCAAAUUGUGCUCCAGGGAAUAGAUUAGAUAGUGUAAAAGUAAAUGGAUUCCUGGGAUUUUGAAUGAUUACCUGUUCUCUGACCUUGCCAGACUUUAUGCAAUUUGAAGUUGAAUCUGAUUCUGAGAUUCAUCUUUGAGAAAAUGCAUUUUCAAUGGGAACAUUUCAAAAUUCAAAAUAAUUGUACUUAGUUUUAUGAA